GAACGUCGCAAAAAGGAGAAACUUUAUUCUUGCACCUCACUCCACGUCUUGCAACGAAGACAAUCUAACUCUUCAGUCACACGAAGAACCGCAAAGAUGGCUGCGCUGGCCUCGAAAUCCCAGUCACAGAAAAUAUUCGAGAAGCUGAGGACGAAGCCAGCGAACCGGAUAUGCUUCGAUUGCGGGCAGAAGAACCCCACCUGGACAUCAGUGCCUUUUGGAAUCUAUCUUUGCCUGGACUGUUCUUCAAAUCACCGAAACUUGGGUGUACAUAUCUCGUUUGUGCGAUCCACGAAUCUUGACCAGUGGCAAUGGGAUCAGUUGCGGAUUAUGAAAGUGGGUGGCAACGAGUCUGCCACGAAGUUCUUCCAGUCAAAUGGCGGAACCGCAGCUUUGAACAGCAAAGACCCAACGACAAAAUAUACGUCGAAUGCAGCCACAAAGUACAAAGAGGAGCUGAAGCGAAGAUCUACGAAAGAUGCCAUCGAAUAUCCCGAUGAAGUAGUAAUUACAGACGUCAUGAGCAAUGGGCCAACGGAUGGCACAUCUACACCGGCUGGCGAACCCGACGAUGAUUUCUUCUCCUCAUGGGAUAAACCAUCCAUCAAGCGACCUACACCCCCUGUUUCUCGAACUGCCACACCGCCUGUUGUUGGACGAACACCUUCCCCUUUUCUCAAUGCUGGUAAUGCAAACGGCAACGGAAAUGGCAUUGCGCGAACAUCUUCCCCUCUUGUGAAUGUCGAAGGGGCAGCGCCUGCAGCAAGCCGGAUCACAUCAUCAGCCGCACUGCGCAAAGGCACCGCAGCUGGAACAGGGCCUCGGAAAGCCAAUGUACUGGGAGCCAAGAAGACAAAGUUGGGUGCAAAGAAGGUUACAGGCGACGUGAUCGAUUUUGAUGCUGCAGAGAAAAAGGCCAAGGAAGAGGCUGAGAGAAUUGAGAAAUUGGGCUAUGAUCCAGAAGCCGAAGAAGCCGCUACGAAGAAGAGCACCACUGCUACAAAAUCGGCGGAUCUGCCGAAGAUUGCAUCACCAACUCCAGUCAGUCCGGGAAGAGCAGGUUACGGCACAGCUCAAAGGAGAGAGCGUACAAACAGUGAGCUCGAGCGAUUGGGCAUGGGAAUGGGGCGUUUGGGUUUUGGUCAAGUCGGAGGCAACAAGCCGGCUGCUGCUCAAAAGAAAAUGGGUGGAUUUGGAUCCGUUGGGCCCAUCAAGGCCACUCAAGAAGAUGACGACGAAAAAUACGCUCGUCAAAAAUUCGGCGCUCAAAAGGGCAUCUCGUCAGACGAAUUUUUCGGAAAGGGGGCUUUCGAUCCAAACGCGCAAUCCGAAGCGAAGCAACGACUACAAGGAUUCGAAGGCGCAACCUCCAUCUCCUCAAACGCAUACUUUGGUCGUCCUGAAGAAGAAGAUGGUGGUGAGGAAUAUGGAGACUUGGAAAGCGCUGCAAAGGACUUCGUGCGCAAGUUUGGCAACACCGCUGGCGAUGACUUGGAGAACUUGACGCAAGUCCUCGGAGAGGGAGCGACCAAAUUGCAGGGUGCAAUCAGAAGUUACCUGAACGGUUAGUUGCUAAACCUGGUGAGGGAGGCGAAUACGAAUGUAACAAGGAGAGCUCGGCGUAUGGAGAAAGAUUGCUAUUCCAGAUUGUAUGGAAGGUGCAUGCAAGUGGAGAAUGCCGCAUAAGUGUUGCAGCAUUGACGGCACGAAGGCGGGUGAUAUUUGUGUUUUUUGCCGUCUAACUUGCGGCAUAGAUUGCGGUGCUUCUGGUCAAUAACCAUUAAUCUACUAAAGUGUUCGUCAUGUGUUGUACCAAACGUGGUUCGUACAGUGGACUGACC